AUAAACGUAACGAGGCCGGAAGGGUGCGACGCCGCCCCUCAAUAGACCAGCAAUCAGCCGUCGAGACCUUAACAAGUCACGCUCACCUCCAAACGAUAAUGGCUGCGAGACAGAAGAGCUGGAAAGUCAUAGCGUUUCUCAAAGACAUAUUUGCGGCCAAUCCUGAUAACAAAAUGGCUCUGAAACUCUUCGGAAAUAAAGCGGCGGUUCUUCUAGAGCAGCGUCGACAAGCGCAGAAGGGCAGAGGCGUCAUACACCCCUUCAGCACAUUUCGCUGGUAUUGGGACAUCCUCCUAAUAACAUUUAUCUCUAUGCAUGUUAUUCUUCUACCUGUGAGUAUCGCCUUCCUAAGCGACGACCUUUCGCUGCAUUGGCUGAUUCUCAACGGUAUCUCUGAUUGCAUUUUCCUCAUAGACAUUUUUUUGAACUUUAAGACCGGUAUUAUGGAUCCCAACAAUAACGAUGAAAUUAUUUUAGACAAAACGAUUAUUCGCCGGAGGUACUUGCGCGGUUGGUUUGUUAUCGAUUUGGUUUCGUCACUUCCGUUUGACUACGCCUACUUUAUCGCGUCAUCUUCGUCCGCGCAACAAACGCUGAUCAAGGCAUCGCGGGCUCUUCGUAUUCUCAAACUUGCUAAGUUGUUGAGUCUUCUUCGACUCCUCCGUGUCUCAAGAUUAGUACGAUACAUCAAGAGAUUUGAGGAGUUGCUGAACAUAUCUGGUGGCCAGAUCCGUAUCUUAAAACUGAUUGGUUCCAUGCUGUUGUUGUCCCAUUGGAAUGGCUGUGUCCAGUUUCUCGUCCCGUAUCUGCUAGAAUUCCCAGAUAAAAGCUGGGUCGUCAUCAAUGGAUUAGAGGACAAGCCCCCAGCCACACAGUACAGCUGGGCGCUAUUCAAUGCCAUGUCCCACAUGCUGUGUAUUGGCUACGGACGGUAUCCGCCCCAGGCUAUCACUGAAUUGUGGAUGACCUUGUGCAGUAUGACCAUAGGUGCUACUUUCUACGCUGUUUUCAUCGGCAUCAUGUCCAGUUUAAUAAUGUCUAUUGAUUCGUCAGGACGGCUUUACAAUGAAAAGUUGAGUCAAGUGAAGGAGUACAUGCGAUACCGAAAGCUGCCUCUGCGCCUUCGUCUUAAAGUAGAGGACUACUACGAGCAUCGUUUCCAUCACAAACUAUUCGAUGAGGAUGUUAUACUCAGCGAGCUCUCCAAAGCCCUGAGAGCGGAAAUUUUGGUUCACAACGUUAGCACAUUACUUCAAACAGUACCCUUCUUCAGUAGCGCCAGCAAUCAUUUCGUCGAGGAUAUCGUCGGCAAACUGCGAUUCGAGGUAUAUUUGACAGGUGAAUACAUAUGUCGGAGUGGACGCAAAGGAGAUAAAAUGUACUUCAUUCAAAGGGGAAUUGUGGAUAUUCUAACUAAUGAUGGUACUUUGGCCACUAGCCUCGGGAAUGGUUCGCAUUUCGGAGAAAUUUGUCUCUUAACACGAGAAGCACGUAGAGUUGCCUCUGUCCGAGCUGCGACUACUUGCAAUCUGUACUCUUUGUCUUCGCCUCAUUUUCAUGAGGUACUCAUAGAGUAUCCUGAUAUGAAAAUAAUGUUGGAAGAAGUCGCGAAAGAGAGACUCAGUCGUAUAGGACUUGAGCCGACCCUAGUUGAGUCGCUGACGAAGGAUGAAGAUAUGGGAAGGUCAAUAUUUAAAGCAGAGGAAGGCUCCCAAACGAAACCUCGUGAGCUUCAUCCCCUCCAACAAGAAGCGUCUACUUCCAAGAAGACUGCUUCUCCUCCGCAGGGCAAAAACAAUGCCACAGCAAUAAAGGUUACCACGCCCUCAGAUGCGUCUGCGCAUACCACGUCUUCGGAAGCUUUGCCGGAAAACAAGUCUUCUGCAGCUGUGCCAAAGGAUUCCACGCCUUCAGCUGGCUCACAGGUAGAUUCUUCCUCCACCAAACAACAAUCUGAGGACACAUUUCCACCCCAAGCCAGAAGCCCUCCACCCAAGAAUAAGGGGAAGCUUCCUCCAAUCCUGUCAAAAGCGUUCUUCAACACUGUUGCACCGGGACUGUCGCUUUUUGCACAAAAGAAUCUGCCUGAGUUAGACGUCGUUGUCGAGGAGAGCAGUGAUGAUGAAGAAGAAGACCCGGAUGUGAUCGCUAUCGUGGCAGACUUCUAAGAUUCGGAUAUUUACGCGUCUCGUUAUUUUGAUGACGAGUUCCAUAAGAUUUACGUAGGACCUCGAUAUUUUGUAAAGCUUUGUGUAGUGGACCCGUUUCUCCUUCACGACAAACCUUUAACUACAGAUAAUUAAUUGCUAUCAUUAUUGAACGCAAGACAUAUAAAUACACAAAACAGAUACUUAAUUUUCUAUUCGUUGCGCAUUGCAAUUUCACAACUUUAGUUUAAUACUGUUUACUUUUUUUGUACAACUACUAUUAGUUUCAUUUCAAAAAGAGUUGAAAACAUUUGUUACCUUUCAAAAUAACAUGAAUAAAUCUUCAUGAAUAAAAUGGAAUGUUAAAA